CAGUAAUAUUUCUCUUGUCCGUGCGUGUUGUCGCGCCACUGUGCCGCUCCGUUCGCCGCUGGUGUUUCGCUACGUUGUGUGUUCGUAAAUUAUAAUAAAGUGUCAAAUAAUUUUUAAAUAAUCAACAAAAAAUUAUGAUGAUAAUGAGCUAUUAAAGCAAUUAACCGUUAAGCCUAUGUAUGAAAUAGCAUACAUAUUGAAAAUAUAAAGCGUUAUAUUUUGAUCGCUUCGCAAUAACAACAAUUUGCUUUUGUUUAACACCAACAACAGCAGUGCCCGCAUACACUGAAAUCUGAAAUCUAAGCGCCAUUUCGAGUCCAAAAAAAAAGAAGCACAAAGUGCACACAAGUGUUGCUAUUACCGCUGGUGUAGGCGUGCGUGUGCAUUAGUGUGUGUGCGCGAGCAUGUGUUUGUGAUUUCAUAUGUUUUUGUUACUUAGCCCAUUCCGCAAUCAAGUUAAAUUUGUCAGCAUAAAAACAAAUUAAAUAAUUGCAAAGUGCACGCAGCUACUAAAAAGUCGUCGCCAUUUACAGUUGAAAGGUGAGCGAACUGUUUUUCCUUCGGACAGCUACUACACAACUCCCUUUUUAUUGCUGUAAAUAACGUGUCAAGGCAGUUGGGCGUCUGGCAGCUGGUUUCUCAAGUCUGUGAAGUUUUCUGUUUUCUUUUUCUGUCUUGGGCUCACAUCAAAUCGCCAAUUAAUUGAAAUUGUGUUUUUUAAGUUUAAAUCGGACAGUAAAGCGUUUACAGUAGCUACUCAACGUUAAGAAGAAAGUAACAUUGUGGAAGCAGCAAUCAAAUCAUUUACAUACACACACAUAAACAUAAAACUAACUCACAUACGGAAGCAGACACGCCUUUAAUAAAAUAACACAAAUCGAACGCACAAUGAAAAACGACGUCGUGCGAUGGAGCAGGCAGCCGAAUAGCAACAUCAACAACAACAGCAGUUGCAGCAACAGCAGCAGCAGCAGCAUCAAUUGCAACGUCAACAACAAACACAAUCAACAAGGAAGCAUCAAAAACAACGCACUGCAUAAAGUUAGGCAACAUGUUGUAAGCAGAAGAACUUUUUGUCAGCCCAAAUCAACACCUGCAAGUGUUGCUGCAACCAUUUCCUCCUUGCAGCAAGGACAACAACAAGAGCAACAAACAAUCGUUGAAUGUGAUAUAACAAAUUUCAAUUUCAAUUGCAAUUUAUUAAAAAAUAGUUUUUUAACGCACAACAAAACGAAACGCAUUCGCAACAGACAUCCAGAAUGCUCAACAGCGACGCCGACGGCGACGCGAACGUGGUCGCUGACUGCGACGUCGCCGUCGACUGCAAUGCUGCUGAUUUUACAAUUUAGUAUCGUAGUUUUCUUAUGUAAUUUAAAUGUCGGUUUCGCGGCCAAAGUGGAGCCCGGUCACGCCCAGUCGCCAUUGCUUCCGCCCUAUAUCCUCGACUAUGAAAAGGGCGCAGCCAGCAGCAGCAGCAGCAGCGGCAGCCCCAGGAGUGGGCGCGCAGCUGGCGGGGACGCUGGCCAUUAUACGCACACCUGGGCGGUCCACAUACCGAACGGUGAUAACAAUGGUAUCGCCGAUGCCGUUGCCAAGGAACACGGUUUCGUCAAUUUGGGCAAGAUAUUCGAUGAUCAUUAUCACUUUGCGCACCACAAGGUGUCGAAGCGUUCACUGACACCCGCCACACAUCAUCAGACCCGCCUCGACUUGGAUGAGCGCGUCCAUUGGGCCAAACAGCAGCGGGCAAAGUCGCGAUCCAAGCGCGAUUUUAUACGCAUGCGACCAUCGCGCACCUCCUCUCGAGCCUUGUCGCUGGUGGAUGUGAUGACCUUCGAUGAUCCCAAAUGGCCACAGAUGUGGUAUCUGAACCGCGGCGGAGACCUGGACAUGAAUGUAAUACCCGCCUGGCAGCAGGGAAUAACGGGCAAGGGUGUUGUGGUUACCAUUCUGGACGAUGGACUCGAAUCCGAUCAUCCGGAUAUUGAGCAGAACUAUGAUCCCAAAGCCUCGUAUGACGUGAACAGCCACGAUGAUGACCCCAUGCCACAUUACGACAUGACCGAUUCGAACCGUCAUGGCACACGCUGUGCCGGCGAGGUGGCUGCCACCGCAAACAACUCCUUCUGUGCGGUUGGCAUCGCGUAUGGGGCAAGUGUGGGCGGUGUGCGGAUGCUCGAUGGUGAUGUGACUGAUGCUGUGGAGGCGCGUUCGCUCUCGCUCAAUCCGCAGCACAUUGACAUAUAUAGCGCAUCGUGGGGACCCGAUGAUGAUGGCAAGACAGUGGAUGGACCUGGUGAAUUAGCCUCGCGAGCCUUCAUUGAGGGCACAACGAAGGGGCGUGGCGGAAAGGGCAGCAUCUUCAUUUGGGCAUCUGGCAAUGGAGGCAGGGAAAUGGAUAAUUGCAAUUGCGAUGGCUAUACGAAUUCGAUAUGGACGUUGUCCAUUUCGAGCGCCACCGAGGAGGGCAAUGUACCGUGGUAUUCGGAGAAAUGUAGCUCCACGCUGGCCACCACCUACAGCAGCGGCGGGCAGAGCGAGAAGCAGGUGGUCACCACAGAUUUGCAUCAUUCAUGCACCGUAUCACAUACGGGCACCUCGGCCUCGGCACCGCUCGCCGCGGGCAUAGCAGCCCUGGUGCUGCAGUCGAAUCAGAAUCUCACCUGGCGCGACCUGCAGCACAUUGUGGUGCGCACCGCAAAGCCGGCGAAUCUCAAGGAUUCCAGCUGGUCGCGGAACGGUGUGGGCCGACGUGUGAGCCAUUCCUUUGGCUAUGGUCUCAUGGAUGCCGCCGAAAUGGUGCGCGUCGCACGCAACUGGAAAACAGUGCCCGAGCAACAGCGCUGCGAGAUUAACGCUCCACAUGUGGACAAAGUCAUUCCGCCCCGCACACACAUCACUCUGCAGCUGUCCGUCAAUCACUGCCUCUCAGUCAAUUAUCUAGAGCAUGUACAGGCCAAGAUCACCUUAACCUCACAGCGACGCGGUGAUAUUCAGCUUUAUCUGAAAUCUCCGGCAAAUACCAAAGUCACAUUACUAACCUCACGCAUGCAUGAUAAUUCACGUUCCGGUUUCAAUCAAUGGCCCUUCAUGUCGGUGCACACGUGGGGCGAGUCUCCGCAUGGCAACUGGCAGCUGGAAAUACACAACGAGGGCCGCUAUAUGGGCCACGCCCUAUUGCGCGAAUGGUCGUUGAUAUUCUAUGGUACCACGCUGACCAUUGAUCCCAAUGAUCCUAUUUCGGUGGCACGUGCUAGCAGCGGCGAGCAAGCGACCACGCCAAAUUCGAGUACCACCAGCAGCACGACCAGUAAUUUGCAUCAGAUCUAUUCCCCGCAAUAUCCACGCAUAUCGCCCAAUAACUUCGCCCAAGCAUCGGCAGGUGGGGCCAAACUGCCGCUUGGUAAGAUGCCGCCCAAUAAAUCCAAUUUGGUGACCAACAAUCCGUUGUUGCCGCUGCCGCCGGCGCCACCAGCGAAGCAGGGCUAUCAACAAAUCUCCGCUACAUAUGGUGUUAUACUGGGCAAGACCAACAACAAUAACAGCAACAACAACAACAACAACAAGGGUAAUAACAAAGGCAACAACAAAGCCAAUAAAGCCAACAAGGCGGGCGAAAAGAAUGGCAAUGGCAAGACCAACAAAAAGGAGCAAGCCGCACAGAAUAGCAGCAGCAGCAACAUCGGCAACCAAGGCAGCAACAAGAAUAAAUACUAUCGAAUAUCGCAGCAGCACGGUGGAGGAGGAGGUGGCGGUGGUAAAUCCAAGGGGCAGGCCAAUGGACUGCAAACGCAGCGCCCCAAAGCCAGCUCCAGCGAAAAGUAUUAUGAAGAGAAAACGCGCAAAGUCAUAGGCGAAAUCACCACCAGCAACAACAACAACAACAACAACAACAAUCGCGGCAGCAACAGCUCCACUGCACCACGCCUACCCGUAAAGGCAGCCAAGCAGGUGAAGGACAGCAGCCCCGACUCGCGCAUACCUAAGCUUUUCGAGCACUACGACAAGAUUCAGGCUAUAUUUCCCGAACUGGAACCUUACGAGAGCAGCAGCUUAUCAAAAUCGAAGCCUGGUAUGCAGCAGCAGCAGCAACAGCAGCAAAAGCAACAAUCCCCGCGCAAACAGGGCAAACAAUUUGAGGUGGAGCUGUUUAGACCCACAACAGGUGGUGCUGCUGGCAGCAACAAGCCUGGUAAUACCAAAAAAUCACCAUCCGCUCCGCCGCCCCCAUCACAGCCCAUUUUGCCCGCGGGUGGCAGCAGCUUUUUGCCUGAUCAGCGCAUACUAAAGAAACAGCAGCUCCUAAUGGCCGCCGCCGGUGUCCUGACGCCACAGAAUGGCGAUGAUGAUAUGAGCGCCAAUGAUGAAGAGGAUGAUUCUGAGGAGGGAAUAUUGCAGCUAGCACCGAGUAGUUUUGGCAAGAGCAGCGCAGCAAAUGCGCAAAUCACACAAUGGGAUAUGAUACUCUAUGGCACCGAGGUGCCCGCCCAGCCCAAAGACCAGAUCCACGAGAACCAGCAGAGCCAAUUCAACGUGUUCGGCAACGAUAUGGCACACAACGAUAUCGAGCACGAUGCCAGCGGACAAUGGCGCAAUAUGCAACAGGUGGGCGAAGUGGGAAUGACUCAGGAUCGCAGCAAUGCAGCCGCCUGCCUCAAGUGGAGCGACCAGAAAUGUUUAGACUGCCGGGAGCCCAGCUUCUUUUACAUGGAUCUCUGCUACGACGAGUGCCCCCAGCACACCUUCGCUCAGGUUAAUUCAGAUGAGCUGGAUGAAGAAGUGACGUUAAGCGACAUAGACGCCGCUGUAGCUAUCUCGACGCCGGAUGGCAACGAUUUACCCAGCACUGGCAAAAGCUCCAUCAACCAGGACGAUCCACUGCAGGCGGCGGAACGUCGACGUCGGAGCAGCGACUCCAGCACCAGCACCUUGUUGCUGACACCGCGUCAAAGUCGCAUUUGCUCAAGCUGCGACAAGAGCUGCCUGCGUUGCUAUGGCCCCAAUGCGUCCCAGUGCAGCACCUGCUAUCCGGGCAACCAGCUGCGCAAGCUGCUCCAGACCAAUGAGACCUACUGCUAUGCCUAUGUGGUGCGAAGCACCGUGGUGGAUGUGUCUAAUCCCGCAAAUGCGCAGCUAGCAUCAGAUGCCAAGAUUCAGUACAUGAACUGGAGCACAGCGCUGCUAGUGAUUGCCGUUGUUGUAUCUUUAGUAGGCAUGGGCGUAGCUGGUGGCAUAGUCUAUAAUCGUCGUGCGGCCAAGGCAGAGCUUUAUACGCGCGUUGCGCUUAUUGCCGAAGACGAUAGCGAUGAGGAGCAGGAAGUGGAGGUAUUCAAGGCGCAUCUACAUUAUCCGAGUGAUGUGCUCGAAUAUCACGAUGAGCUGCAGCCAAAUCAACUGCCCAGAGAGUCGCUCGACGCAGCGUUGCAGGAUGAGGAGCAUGCCCAGCUGGUGCCCGAGUAACCAGCCAGCAUCCUUCUUAAUUAAAAGGUGCAUUUUGAAUAGCUCAUGAAACGGGUUUAGCUUCAACCGAAAUCGCAAUCCAUUUUCCUAAUGCUAACAUUAAAAGAAAAAUCAACUUUGACAUUCAAACCAA